AUGUCUGGAUCAAAUUUGCUGCUCUGGGCUGUGAGCAUCAUCAUUGGCUUGGCUGUUGCAAAUCCAAUGUUCUCCACUUCUAGCAUGGAAGGUACAACAAACUCGUUAUCUAAGCGUACCUUUGUGGAAGGAACCGGAUUCACCACUGCUCAACCUUUCUCCACAUUCCUCACCGAGUACGCCGCUGGUAUUGCCAUGGCUCAACAGAUUCGGAGUAUUCUUUCGGCGUCUCAGCUUACCGAAAAUUACCACUAUCAGUUGUUCAUUCCAUACUCAUAUCAGAGCGAAGCUCAGGCAGCAGAAUAUCUCAACGAGUAUCUCCAGGGAUAUAUGAGCAGUGAUCCUGGGUGCCAGAACUGGACGACAACUGAUUGGCCAAUCUAUUGGCCUCGCGCCCAUACAAAUGGAUCAACCAGGGUAACGAAUCUCUGUCCGUUAUUCUGGACUUUACCAGCAACUUCAGAAGUGCAAUGCGACCAGAGAGGAAUGGAUGAGUAUGAAUCCGGAGCUAUGACAAUUCUACGCGAAGUUGGUUCUCUCGUUGGCUAUUUCAACCUCACCCAAGGAGGCCCACCAGCUUACGCCAAUGCCUGGGGUUCUAAUAUGUGUGCUGCGUGGGCAAAUAUAGACCCGGAUGAAACAAUAAGCAACACAGACAGCUGGAUGUUUGUCGCUUUGGGAAUAUACUGGAGUGACAAGUGUGGCCAAACCAUUCAACCAGACCAAGUUGAGCAUGUCACUGCAGGCUUGCCCCCAGGUUGCUUGCCAGGACCGACGGAAGGGUGGCAAAUUUCAUCGGGGAGCAGCUGCUCCGGAGAAAUUGUUAGAAACAGCAACGGAAUCUCGAGUGGUCCUGGUGGCUGCAAUAUUCCUAGCACGUAUGGCACGAACAAUUUAUUAUCUGAUAAUCAGGACGACUGUUGGCUGCUUCCAUCUGGGACGACGGCGAUAGGCAUCACACUUGAAGUUACCAAUGCAACCAAAGGCUAUUACACGGAUUACGUUGUGUGGAUAUUUGCAAGUUCAGACUGCAAAGGCAAUAUUAGCCAGCACUUCGAGGGUCCGGCUGCGGGGCAAAAGUUAAUUGCCGGGGACUAUACUUAUCAAUCAGCGUGCUUUGAAGCUCCGAGUGGACGAUUGUGGGAAAGCUACUCGGUCUGGAAUAUAAGUGAUUAUGACUCUUGGAACACACCGCCACUAAGCCAGUUGGUUGGCUAG